AUGCCUCAGUCCGACAGCCCCUCGGCCGCCACGAGCUAUGGCCAGGUCAUUGAGUACAUUCAAGACCGCCUCUACCUGGCUUCAUACACACACAAGCCCAAUGCGCAGACGCCCUUCCCUUACACAAACAAGUCCAGCAGCAAGUCGCCGUCGAAGCGCUCCGCCAGAUCCCAGUCAACCACAUCCGCUGCCACUCCUUCGCCCCCCCCAGUAUACUUUUCCGUCGACAAGCACUUGCUCUACAAUGCUUUCCACGCAGACUUUGGCCCGCUACACAUUGGCCACCUCUACCGUUUUGCCGUCAUGUUGCAUGAGGUGCUAGGAGACCCUGAGAACGAGGGUAGACCGGUCGUCUUCUGGUGCAACGCAGACUCAAGGAGUCGCGCAAACUCCGCAUGCAUUCUUGCUUGUUACAUGAUCCUGAUUCAAAACUGGCCGCCGCAUCUCGCCCUGGCCCCAAUCGCUCAGAUGGACCCUCCGUGCAUGCCUUUCCGCGAUGCCGGCUACAGUCAAGCUGAUUAUGGGUUGACUGUUCAAGACGUCGUUUACGGUGUGUGGAAGGCAAAGGAGGAGGGUCUUUGCGGUCUGAAGGAUUUUAGCCUCGAAGAGUACGAAAAGUACGAAAGAGUCGACAUGGGUGACUUUAACUGGAUUUCUCCCUCCUUCUUGGCCUUUGCCUCUCCUCAACACCAGCCAACUCGCGUCAUUGCGCCCACCGAUCCUGAAUGGGCCAACUUGCCUCGCUCUCUUUCCGCUCUCCACCGCAACACCUCCGUCCCCGGCCCUUUCAAGAAUGUUCUUUCACACUUUGUUGAGCGCGGCAUCGGUCUUGUCGUCCGUCUCAACUCUGAGCUGUACUCGCCCUCAUACUUCCAGGCUCUGGGCGUCAAGCAUCUGGAUAUGAUCUUUGACGACGGCACCUGCCCUCCCCUCAGCUUGGUCCGCAAGUUUGUCAACCUUGCUCAUGAAAUGAUCACUGUUAAGCGCAAGGGUAUUGCUGUUCACUGCAAGGCUGGUCUCGGAAGAACCGGUUGUCUGAUUGGCGCAUACUUGAUCUACAAGCACGGCUUUACCGCAAACGAGAUCAUCGCAUACAUGCGCUUCAUGCGUCCCGGCAUGGUUGUCGGUCCUCAACAGCACUGGCUCCAUCUCAACCAGGGCACUUUCCGCGAAUGGUGGUUCGAGGACACCAUGAGAGAGAAGGUCACUGCUUCCAUGGUCCCUGCAACUCCCACCAAGGCCGCAUCUGGAAACAGCAGACGUCUCGCCAGCAACGGUCAGACCUUCACUCCUCCCAAUGGAAGUACAAAGCGCGCUGCCCUCGGCGAGAUUAGCCAUAUCAACGAGCAGGAGCCUGCAUCCUUCGCCAAUAGUACCAGCAAAUACGCCGUCAAUGAUGAGAACUUGCCAGCACCCACACCCGGUCAACCUCGUAAGACUAGCAAGGUUUACGGCCACGUUACCGGACGCAAAGUCACCAGGACUGAGAAUGAGCCUUUCGAGAUCAGACCCGACACUGAGAUCGUCAGCAUGCAGCGCACAAGUCUCGGCGAGAGUGAGAGUGAGGAGGACCAAGCUCUUCGCGCCCUGACCUCGUCGAGAAAAGCAUCACAAUCUCCCAUCAGCCGCAGCGGCAAGCGUCGGGCGGUUAGCUGCACCACGACGACCACCACGACAACUAAGUGGGGCAUGGACGAGAGCGAUGUUGAGAACCGACUCGCAGAAAUUCACGAGGACUCGGCCAGCCCUCGCAAGCCUAAGACCCCUUCGACCAGAUCUGGCAAGGGUGACAUCAGCAUCGGCAAGCGUAGUUCGCCAUCACGCCGCAGCACUGAAGGCAAGACCAGCGUCCGCAAGACGAGUGGUCGUGUUGGCAGUGUAGGCGCCAAUGUCCCUCGCACCACACGCGCUUCAUGA